AUGGCCAAGAUCCAAACUUUACCCCAAAAUUUUCGCUUCAUCAAUGGCGUCGUACUUGGUGCUGGCGUCACAGCAGCCGACAUCAGCUUCCGAAGCGGUUGCACCUGUGGUCAGGACGAAGACUGCCAAUACUCGGGCUGUCUAUGUCUCGCAGAUCUCGACCGAGACGAAGCCAGUGACGAUGCAGGUGAUGACCAUAAUGGACUGGAUCCGGCCACCAGAGCGUCACCAUCACCAGCACGGAAGAAGGCAUAUGCCUACCAUACACAUGGAAACAAAGCAGGUCUAUUACGAUCAAAACUCCAUUCGUCCAAGCUGCCACUCUAUGAAUGCCAUCAGGGCUGUGCCUGCUCCCCAGAUUGCCCAAACCGAGUAGUCGAGCGUGGUCGCACUGUGCCGCUUCAAAUCUUUCGUACGCAAGAUCGUGGAUGGGGUGUACGGACUCAAGAAUCAAUCAAGAAGGGCCAAUUUGUGGACCGUUACCUUGGCGAAGUCAUCACCUCCGCCGAAGCUGAUCGACGCCGAGAUGCCUCUGUGGUUUAUCACAGAAAAGAUGUAUACCUCUUCGCCCUGGACAAAUUCACGGAUCCUCAGUCGCUGGAUGCCCGACUUAAGGGUCCUCCACUCGAAGUGGAUGGGGAAUUUAUGUCGGGACCUACCCGAUUCAUAAACCACUCCUGCGAUCCAAAUAUGCGAAUUUUUGCCCGUGUUGGGGACCACGCAGACAAACAUAUACAUGACUUGGCCCUCUUUGCUAUAAAGGACAUUCAAAAAGGCGAAGAGCUGACAUUUGAUUACGUGGAUGGGGCGAGUGGAGAUUUUGAAGAGCUAGAAGGCAAGAUAGAAGAUAUGACGAAGUGUCUGUGUCGUAGCUCUAAAUGCAGGAGAUUUUUGUGGUAG